UUCAUUACAAAGUGGGAACAAAAAAUUUGUCACUUUUUUCAUAUAUUGCCAUCGUUGACAAUUUCCUAAUUUUUACUUAUUAAGGCCAAAAAAUGCUUUGAAUUGCAACAACGUAGCCAUAUUUUCAUCAUCAUCAUCAUUGUCAUAAUUAUAAAAUCAAAAUUUUCUUUCUAAAUUAAACAAAAGAAAGAUUCAAAAAUAUGCCUCGGUCAAAAUGUUCACCGGGGACAUAUUUUUGGCUAUUCUAUAUAUUGAUUUUAUCAUUAUUCUCUUUAUGGACAUUGGUCGAUGGCAUACAUGUACAGGGAAUAUGGUCACCAUCAACAACUUUGUUCAAGGUGAUAACUAGAUUUGGUUUUCAACGUACUGAUCAGAAUCAUCGGCUUGAAACUAGUGGUUAUAUGUUUGGCAAUAUAACCUUAUUGAAUCAUCAAUCGUCAUCAUCGAGUAGAAAAAUUUUAUUGAAUAAAAACAAUAAUAACCAUUCAACAAUAUUAGAUUCAUCGAAUCCAUAUUUCAAUUCGGGAAUAUUAUUAUUUGCAAAUCGUACAUUAUUCAAACAUAUUUAUCAACUUUAUAAGAAAACUAAAAAUGUUCAUAUGAAUUGUAAUCAAACUGACGAUGAUUUGGGUGGAAAAUUUUGUGCCGAUAUUUUCAAAGCUAUUCAUCCGAAAAAUACUGAAAAAAUUUGUCAUAAUUCCUCAAAUGAUGAUAAUGAUGAUGAUGAUGAAUAUUUUCGUUAUGUACCAUGCCCCACUGGUGGUACCUGUGAUAAUCAAUGCCAAGAAAUGAAUAUACCAAAUUAUCAAUUGACCUAUGUUAUUGAUGAACAGAAAGAUGCCAGUUUCUGGUAUCUAUUAUUAUUACCAUGUCGUAGAAAAUUUUUAAAUCAAACAUCAUUUAUAUGGACAAGAAAAUCAAAUACAAAAACAUUACUUUCAUAUGAUUUAUGGAUAGUAAAUGGUCAUCCUAAUAAUCGUCUAACUACUCGUCUAAUUGAUUCAGAUUAUCAAUUUUCAUAUGAACAACAAAAUUUUUGGUUCUAUAUUCUACUUGAUUUUGGUUACAUUAUACUGUUCUUGAUGCAAAUCUAUUUACUAUCUAUGCAGAAGAAGAUGAAAAAUUUAAAUUAUUUAUUUACCAUUUCUCUAUUGCUACAUUCAUUAUCAUAUUUUUUCAUUUGUUUACAUAAAAUUGUUUUCGCUCAAAAUGGUAAAGGAUUGGAAACAUUAUUCAUUAUUGCUGAAGUGAUGAAAAUUAUGUCAAUCGCCUUGUUAAUUUUAUUCGUAUUGGUCAUAGCAAAAGGAUGGCCAUUCACUAAACCGGAAACAUUCUCCAAAACUUUAAUGAUAAUUAUGGCAACCAUUUAUAUUGUUAUCAAUAUAUUGUUAUUUAUAUGGAUGAAAAAUUCAUUGAACAUGAUUGAAGAAGUGGAUGAAUUUCAUACGGUACCCGGUUGGAUUAGUCUCGGUUUUCGUAUCGUAUUAAUGUUAUGGUUUAUAUAUGAAUUACGGCAUACAAUGAUGUUGGAACAGGAUUCACGACGAUUAAAAUUUUAUUUACAUUUUGGUGCCGGUAUGCUUGUUUGGUUCGUACAUUUACCAUUGGUUGCAAUGGUAGCCAUACAUAUUGAUCUUAUGUGGCGUUGUAAAAUUAUUACUGGAUUCUCAUCAACAGCCGAUUUUCUUGCCUUUGCCAUAUUGACUAGAAUUAUGUGGACAACAAAUAAUAAACAAUUUUUAAUUCCAGAUAAUCAUAUCUAUAAUGAAGAAUUGGAAUAUUAUGAUGAUGAUGAUAGUUCAUUCGUUGUACAUCAAAGUGAAACAUAUAAAUUUUCAAAUGCAAAUCAUCAUUUAAAGAAUUCAUCAUCAAAACAUUUUCAAUAUGAUAAUCAUCAUGCUAUGUUGACAUUUUCGCCAAUCUUUAUAUUCAUACAUACAUUCCUGCAUACAUUUUUUGUUGUUGUUGAAUUGAAUUGA